UCCUGCAGGACUCACAAAGGUGAGUUCAGAAGUUGGGCAGCCUAUCCCUCCCAGAAAGACAUCGUGGGAGACAAACAUGUACCACAGGAACCCUUUUACGACAGGAAGAUGUUGAGAAGUUCCAUCUAAAGAAGAAAGGAAAUGAAGUGCCUCAGUCGCCCUGUUUUUAAACCAAUGUUUGCUGAAAUUCAGUUCUCUGGAGUCCAGGCUCAGAAUCAUGGAGGGACCCUGCCUGGAGUGAAUGAGCCCCUGUGGAGAGUGCUCUUCUGCACCCCUAGAAGCAAACCAGCCCCGCCAGGAGGUAGAGAACCCGCGGCCCAGCAGGUCUUUCCUGCACAGGAAGGUGCUCUUGUUCCCUGGUGAAGCUACCUCAUGCCUGGGAGAUCGCACUAGCCAUGGGCCUCACACUCGGCAUCCUGCUGCUGCUGCUGCUGGCACUGGGCUGGAACUCCGUCUCAGGGGAGCAGGCUGCACCCACAGAGAGCUCUGGGCAGCUGCAUUAUGAAUUGCCUCCAAUGACAUACGAGACCCCAGACUCCUACACAGCCGGGCCCAUCGCCGUCCUCUUCCAAAUGGUACGCAGCUUUGUCCACGUGGUCCAGCCCUACAAUUUCCCCGAAGAUAUUGUCAGAAAAAUCAUACAGAAGAAGUUUGAGCCCUCAGCUGAUUACGACAAGCCAGAAAAUAUAGUCUUGGCUCUGAAGGUUGCCUCCUAUGAAGUUGGCAUCAUCAUCUGCGCCGUCCUGGGACUGCUCUUCGUUAUUCUGAUGCCAGUGGUGGGGUACUUCUUCUGUCUGUGCCGCUGCUGUAACAAGUGCGGCGGAGAAAUGCACCAGCGACAGAAGCACAGUGGCCCCUUCCGGAGGAAAUACUUUGCCCUCUCCCUCUUGGCAAUUAGUGUCAUCAUAAGGGGACUCGGGGACUCAGUGACCCCUGCAGCUCUGUGGAGAGUUACCGCCUACCAUACCAGUGACAGGUACAGCCCAGAGACCUUCAGGCUCAGCAGGAUCUCUCGGCAUUUCAGCAUCGGCAUCUUGUUUGGCUUUUUGGCCAGCCUCCAAGUGAGGACAUGGAUCCAAAGGACCCAGAACCUGGCAGACAGCAAUUUGAAAGACUUGCGAACGCUCCUGAACCAAACUCCAAAGCAAAUUGACUAUAUAUUGGCUCAGUUCAAUACCACCAAGGACAAAGGAUUCUCUGAUCUGGACAAUAUUAAUAAACUGCUUGGAGGCAAGAUCCACGACCGACUAAGACCUAAAGUGAUCCCUGUUCUUGAUGAGAUCAAAGCCAUGGUGACAGCCGUCAGAGAGACCAAGGAGGCCUUGGAGGGCGUGGACAGCAGCGUGCAGAGCCUGAGGCAGGGGAGCCAGCAGCUGAACAGCAGCCUGACCAGUGUGAAAAACGACAUGGAGAACACGCUGCAGGACAACGAGUGCUUUGUAGAACCAGGGCAGCAGACCUGUGAAAGCAUCAGGGGGACUCUAGGCCAGCUGGAGAGCAGCCCGGGCCUCGGCCAGCUUCCAUCUGUGGAUCCAGAACUUAAAAACAUUGAUAACAUCCUUGCAAACGAUUUGGAAGGCCUAGCCAAUCAGGGAUAUGCAGCCUUUGAUGAUAUACCUGAGAAGGUGAAAAAUCAAACUGAGGCCGUCAUUCAAGAUGUCAAAAAUGUCCUGAAUGGCAUUAGUUCAAACAUCAAUAGUCUCACUAAGCAGAUUCCUAUUCAGGACACGCUGUCCAAUUUCACUGGUUACAUCAAUGACACUGAAAGUUACAUCCACCAGACUUUGCCGAAGUUGGAAGACUAUGACUCCUACUGGUGGCUGGGGAGCUUGAUCACCUGCUUCCUCCUGAGCCUCACCGUGGUCUUUUUCUACCUGGGCGUGUUGUGUGGCGUCUGUGGCUACGACAAGCGCGCCACCCCGACGAGCAGGGGCUGCGUGUCCAACACGGGAGGCGUCUUCCUCAUGGUGGGGGUUGGACUAGCUUUCCUCUUUUGCUGGUUACUGAUGACCCUCGUGGUUCUUACGUUUGUCGUUGGUGUAAAUAUGGAAAAAUUGGUCUGUGAACCUUAUGCAAACAGGAAGCUAUUCCAGGUUUUGGACACCCCCUUCUUACUAAAUGAGGAAUGGGAGUAUUAUCUCUCUGGCUUGGUACUCAAAAAACCAAAUGUUAAACUCACUUUUGAACAAGUUUACAGUGAUUGCAAAAAUGAUAAAGGCAUUUACACCAGCCUUAAACUAGAGAACCGUUUCAACAUCAGUGAGGAACUCGACAUUCAGGAGCAUACUGGAAACAUAUUGAGUGAAUUUGAAAAUCUGAAUGUAAAUCUUGAUAAUAUUGUUCUGCUGGAUGCAGAAGGAAGAAAAAACCUUCAGGCCUUUGCAACUUCCGGAAUUCAGGAUAUAGAUUAUGACACCUUCUUGGCUCAGACUGAUAAAACCCCUGUGAAAGUGAAUCUUUUAUCAUUUUCGCUUGACCUAGAAGACAAAGUAAAAAAUUUGCCCCCAGGAAAUGUGAAAGAUGGCCUCCGAACCCAUGCACAGACUCUCAGAGGGAUACAUCACCAGCAAGUCCUGCCUAUGGAGCAGUCACUGAACAAUUUAAAAAAAAACAUCAGGAUACUUCAACGCACAAGCAGUGGACUGAAGGAGAAAGUGAACAAGGUCCUUGUCUCUCUGGAUUCUGCUCAGAACUUUGUGGCAAACAAUAUCUCCUCCAUUAUUGUUGACGAAACUAAGAAGUAUGGGCAAAUCAUACUAGGACACUUUGAACGUUAUCUUCAGUGGGUCAAGGACGCUGUCACUAAGAAAAUGGUGUCCUGCAAGCCCGUGGCCAAUGCCCUGGACUCUGCCAUCAAUGUCGUUCUGUGUGGCUACAUUGUCCACCCUCUGAAUUUGUUUUGGUUUGGCAUAGGACAAGCUACUACACUGCUGCUCCCGGCUGUGAUCUUUGCUGUGAAGUUGGCCAAGUACUACCGCCGCAUGGACUCGGAGGAUGUGUAUGAUGAUGUUGAAACUCUACCCAUGAAAAAUAUGGAAAAUGGUAAUAAUGGUUAUCAUAAAGAUCAUUUAUAUGGUGUUCACAAUCCCGUUAUGACAAGUAAAUUAGCCAUAUUUGACCAGAAAAAGAGCUCCAACCUUUCCUGCAAACUCAUUAUGAAUUUACAUUCUCUGGAAUUAAGGAGCUUCCUGUGCUUCUGGAUAUUUACGAGGUAACUCUGAGCACUACCUGCCAGGUGUCUUCUUCCCAGGCUCAACUGAAACUUGAGACAUACAUGUCACCCUUUCUACUGAGACGAGGUGGGAACAAAAUGCACAGGGCCCAGCAGGGAGCCUUCCUCGUCAGUGGGUGUGGUUCUCCCCCCCACCCGUCCACACAACUGGCCCCACGCCAGUGGUCGUCUGUCCCCACGCCCAGCCAUCUCGGGCAGGUGCACAGCUGUGAGUCCAACAUCAGCGCAAAGGGCAAUCUGUCUGGCCCAGAGCCCGACACUCCUCAUGGGACAUGGCCUGUUAAAAGGUCACCAGGGGGAGCCGCCAGGUGUCGCUGUAGAGAGCCUCUCAAUCUAGGCCAACGCAUCCUUGUCUCAGGCAGGGUUGCCGAGUAACAGCUGGUGCUGUACCUUUGUCAAGUUGCAACAGAAACAGAACCAGAAAAGUUUGGACAUUUGUCUUUUCAGAAAAAUAAAGGAUUUUUCCUAACUUACAGCUUGAGCAUUAUAAAAACUUCAGAACGUUUUAAAUUUGCCCUUUAGGGAAAUUGUGUUCGUGUCUUUGGGCUGUAGGAACAAAAUAAGAUAAACUAGAGGGCUGAUAAACGACAGGAAUUUCUUUCUCACAGUUCUGGAGGCGGGGAAGCAGAGUCAUUGUGCCGUCAGGGUCAGGGUCUCGUGAGGGCCGUCUUUCUCCUAGACGGCACCUGCUGGCUGGGUCCUCUCCAGAUGUGCUCCCCGAGGCCCCCACCUCCCAACACCAUCAUCUUGGUGAUGAGGACCUCAGUUUAUGAAUUUGAAAGGGAUACAGAUGUUCGGACCGUGGCAGAAAUGAUGAUGAUCAGGAACAGGGAUGAGGAUGUUCUAAAAUGGCCAGAGGACCUUAUCUCAUCUCGCUUGCUUCUUACAGUACACUAGACAUGGUUGCUAGAGUGCUGUGUUGUGAGAUUGGUCCGAGACACGUGUCAGCUCCAGGGAGAGGAGACAGUUCGGUGGCCUGCAUCUUGUGCUGACCUGCCUUUUCAUGGGGUGCCACGGUUGCAGGAUGACUUAGAUUUACGGACUGGA